GUCCUCCAGGCUCUAAUAAAGCGGAAAUUUCAAAGCGUCUAGCGAACCGAUAUGAUGGUUUCAUGUAUCUUAGCAUGGGUGAUUUGCUUAGGAAAGAAGUAGAAGCAAAUGCUGAUGAUCAGUUAUGGCAAAGAAUUGGGAAAAAAAUAAAUGCCGGUGAACCGGUGCCUACGAAAAUCUGUCGCGAAUUGCUUUAUUCAAAAAUUUACGAUGAGGAUAAUGGCAGUAGUGGUUAUGUUAUUGAAGGUUAUCCGCGAGCAAAGAAUCAAGCUACCGAUUUUGAAAAUCAAGUUAUUGAUCGACUUACUUUAGUAAUUUUGAUCGAUUGCACUGAAGAAUUUUGCACUGAAACUAUUAAAAAACGCGACAAAGAUGAAAUGAUAGCUAGACAGGACGACAAUGCGGAAGCAAUAAAUUCUCGCUUACAAAUGUUCAAGCAGAAUACAUUACCAAUGCUGAAAUAUUUCGAUGAUAAAGGGAAACUUAAAGUGGUUGAUGGCGAUAAUAAUCUUGAUAAGAUUUUUGAGGAAAUUGUUGAAGAACUCGACGGUAUUAUUCUCGGCAAAAAACGAGAAUGCGACGAAAGCCAUUAG